CAUGUCAUUUGCACGGGGUUGUGGUGUAAGGUAGAAAGUGAGAGCGAAUGCAAAACUAAACUGGACCCACCAAUGGAUGGAACAGACUGUGACGCUGGAAAGUGGUGUAAGGCUGGAGAGUGUAUCAAUCGGACCUCUUUUUCGGAGCAUGUGGAGGAGGACUGGAGCACGUGGAGCACAUGUAGCCGUACUUGCAGCACUGGAAUCAGCAGUCGACAACGCAAAUGCCCUGGUUCAGGACUUGAAGGAGAGUGUCACAGUCCUACAAUACAGUAUAGAGUAUGUGAAAAUCCUUCUUGUCCUGCUGGUGUGCCUGCUUUCAGGGACUGGCAGUGCCAUGUUUUCAGUGCCAGGUCUUCAUACCGGAAGCACAUACACCAGUGGCAGGCUGUCAUCAAUGAAGAAAAGCCAUGUUCCUUAUUCUGUUCCCCGUCUGGAAAGGAUCAACCUGUUCUCCUAGCAGAAAAGGUGAUGGAUGGGACUUCUUGUGGCAAGCAUGGGCUAGACGUCUGUGCAGAUGGUAGAUGCCAGAAAUUUGGCUGUGAUGGCAUAUUAGGAUCUCUGGCUCAUGAAGAUCAUUGUGGUGUAUGCAAUGGUAAUGGAAAGUCAUGCAAAGUUAUUAAAGGUGAUUUUAACCACACGAGAGGAGCAGGUUAUGUGGAAGCUUUGGUCAUACCUGCAGGUGCAAGGAGAAUCAAAGUUGUGGAAGAAAAACCUGCUCACAGUUAUUUAGCUCUUCGAGAUGCUGGAAAACAGUCAAUCAAUAGUGACUGGAAGAUAGAGCAUUCAGGAACGUUCAAUAUUGCUGGGACUACUGUCCAUUAUGUUCGGAGAGGUCUGUGGGAGAAAAUAUCAGCCAAAGGUCCCACAACAUCACCUUUACAUUUGCUGGUGCUGCUCUUCCAUGACCAGAGCUAUGGUCUACACUAUGAGUACACGAUCCCACUGGAUCCUCUUCCUGAGAAUCAGAGCUCUAAAGUAUCAGAGCCUCUUUUCAUGUGGACUCAUUCUGGCUGGGAGGACUGUGAUGCUGUAUGUGGAGGAGGUGAAAGAAAGACAACAGUCUCUUGCACAAAGAUUAUGAACAAGAAUAUCAGUCUUGUGGACAACAGGAAGUGCAAAUAUUUAACAAAACCUGAACCACAGAUCCGCAAGUGCAACGAGCAGCCGUGCCAGACCAGAUGGAUGAUGACAGAGUGGACUCCGUGUUCAAGGACGUGUGGAAAAGGGACUCAGAACAGACAAGUAGCCUGCACACAGCAGCUCAGAAAUGGGACCCUGAUCAGAGCUAGGGAGAGAGAUUGCCUUGUGCCAAAGCCUGCUUCUGCACAACGCUGUGAAGGCCAGGACUGCAUGACUGUGUGGGAGGCUGGAGUCUGGUCUGAGUGCUCUGUAAAGUGUGGUAAGGGUGUACGGCAUCGGACUGUGAGGUGCACCAAUCCCCGCAAGAAAUGUGUUUUGUCCACAAGACCUAAAGAAGCAGAGGACUGUGAGGACUAUUCCAAAUGCUACAUCUGGAGAAUGGGAGACUGGUCUAAGUGUUCCGUCACCUGUGGCAAAGGGAUGCAGUCCCGAGUCAUCCAGUGCAUGCACAAGAUCACGGGAAGGCAUGGCAAUGAGUGCUUUUCCUCAGAAAAGCCAGCCGCCUACAGACCCUGUCAUCUCCACCCCUGCAAUGAGAAAAUCAAUGUUAACACAAUAACAUCUCCUAGGUUAG